CGCGGCAAUAUCCCUCUUGGCCACAGCCGUGCCCCACACUCCAGCCCUUGCUAAUGUCGCUGCGAUAAAACACGGAGCAGUCGACAUUUUGCUUUCUAGGCUCUAUAUUGUUCUAUUCAACAUUCACGCUCGCUUUCGUAUGUAUGCCGAAUCUUCCACAAUAUAAAGACUUGCCUUCUGAUACUUAUUCUGUUUUCCCGGAACCUGACAAGCCCAUUUCGCGCUACGUUGUACCGGGCAAUGGCAGACGCUGCCAGACGUGCCCGCCAUGGUCGGUCAAUGAUAUCGGACGUCGCUUCAACCUACGCUUUGGCCCGGACGACCGCCCGCCACCGCGCUUCUACGUCGAUGCCUCGCUCUUGCGCCCGUACCAGGACAUCCGAGUCAUGCUCGAUUGGCACGACAGCCUCGUCCUGCUGCUCGACCGAAAGUACGUCAUGAAGAUGAUGAGCCCCCUCUUUGACGUGAAUACUAUCGUCGCGAACAUGGAGCGUGCGCGCGAAGUCGUUCCUGUGCCUGCGAUACACAAGUACGGUCGUUCGGGGAACUGCGUGUUCAUCAUCAUGGACUAUGUCAAUGGCUGGCAGGCGUCGACCCUCGUUCGGUAUUUCGGCCCCUGGGUAGAGGUCCGGCUGCAGGAUCAGAUUGACGAAGUGAUCGUCAAGCUCUCGCAAGUCGGGCUGUCUCACAAUGAUCUCUACCCAAGGAAUGUGUUCCUCGACGACAACUGGAAGAUUACAGGCAUCAUAGACUGGGACUAUGCCGCCCCGCUUUGGGCUUCCACGGAAUAUGAGCGGCGUUCGACGCUGAACUUUCGGGAGAAGACAUGGCAUUACUUGUUUCUAAAGCACUCUGUGGACCGCGUCGGGACGCUCGGGGCCAACCCGUCCGACGGUAAAUUUAAAUACUAC